AUGGCAUCCUUUGAUGCCACGUCCCUUUAUCCUUAUAUUCCGUUGGACCAGACAGACGAGACCAUCGAACUACUCCUACGAGGCAAAUACGACGAAACGAAGAAUCGCCCAACACACGCCCAAAUCCUACAACUUCUGCAGUUCUGUCUCAAGACGUACUUUGCGUUCGACGGAACAAUCUACGAACAGGUGAUGGGCACGCCAAUGGGUUCGCCGAUCUCGGAACUCAUAGCCGAUGCGUUCCCACAACGGUUGGAAUCGCAGGUUUUCCAACAACACAGACCGAAAUUCGGGACUGGGUAUGCGACUGAUAACUUCGUCGUCAUUGAACAGGAACACGUGACGGAAUUCAAACAACAUUUCUACGCCAUCUUCCCGGACAUUCAAUUUACGAUGGAGGAGGAGGAAAACAACCAGUUGGCCUUUCUUGAUAUUCUCGUCUACCGUAAAGAUUGCUUUGACCUGAAAACCAAAGUAUUCAGGAAGGUGAAAACGCGACGCAAGUACUGA